GCAACGACGCGCGUGUCGCCUCCGACACUUCCGCCCCGCGCACCUAAUCCGCUCAUUUAGCCAGCAAACGCCGCAUACGGUGUGGUGGCGGUGGCAGCCCUGCGGCUCCGAGCCCCCGGGGCUGAUGCUCUGACGAGCCGGGCGCCUCCGCCCGAGCUCCUUCGAUCCGCGUCCGACCGGCAUGUGAUAUCGCGCCGCGCCACUCGACAAAAUGAUUGUGUGUUCAAUUGUUUACGUUAACGAUAGUUGAUAACCGGGAGGCCGACGCUGGCAUGCUAAUUCGGACUGUUGGUGGGGAGUCGUGGACUGGUUGUCGUGGUCGCGCGGGCGUUGGACGCGCGGUUUUCUCGCGCGCGGGCUGCACAUCGCGCGGUUCUGGCGGGCCAGCGCCAUGCGGUAGCGCGGCGGCGCGGCCGAGCGGCGGGCGAGCACUCGUGCGCUCUCGGCUAUGUGCCCCCCUUGCGCUACACUGUAAGUCUCGAUCUGUCGAUGACGCAACCAAGGAGGACCCAUGUCUUACUGGGGUGGUGUUAGCCUAAGAUGGUGUUGGCGCUGGUGGUCGGAGUGUUGUGCGUGUGGGGCCGCCUGAGCGACGCAAACCCAGAAGCGAAGCGGCUAUAUGACGACCUGCUUUCCAACUACAACCGCCUCAUCCGGCCCGUUGGCAACAAUUCUGAUCGACUCACUGUCAAGAUGGGACUUAGGCUCAGUCAGCUCAUCGACGUUAAUCUUAAGAAUCAAAUCAUGACAACGAACGUGUGGGUAGAACAGGAAUGGAACGACUACAAAUUGAAGUGGAACCCUGACGACUACGGCGGUGUGGAGACUCUGCAUGUACCUUCUGAACACAUAUGGUUGCCUGAUAUUGUAUUGUACAAUAACGCCGACGGCAACUACGAAGUGACAAUUAUGACGAAAGCAAUUCUUCAUCACGACGGUAAAGUAGUGUGGAAACCACCUGCCAUUUACAAGUCCUUCUGUGAGAUUGACGUGGAGUACUUCCCUUUUGAUGAGCAGACCUGCUUCAUGAAGUUCGGCUCUUGGAGUUACGAUGGCUACAUGGUGGACUUGCGGCACUUGAAACAGACGCCAGACUCAGACCGCAUCGGAAUGGGGAUUGAUCUGUCGGAGUACUACAUCUCAGUGGAAUGGGAUAUCAUGCGAGUCCCUGCCACGAGGAACGAAAAAUUUUACUCCUGCUGCGAAGAACCGUAUCCUGACAUCAUCUUCAACAUCACUCUCAGAAGAAAAACUUUGUUCUACACGGUCAAUCUCAUCAUCCCUUGCGUUGGGAUCUCAUUCCUAUCAGUCCUUGUAUUCUAUCUUCCUUCAGACUCCGGAGAGAAAAUCUCGCUCUGUAUUUCGAUUCUUCUAUCAUUGACCGUGUUCUUCUUACUGUUGGCAGAAAUUAUUCCUCCAACUUCGCUAACAGUUCCCUUGUUAGGAAAAUAUUUGUUGUUCACUAUGAUGCUAGUUACAUUAUCAGUAGUUGUCACUAUCGUGGUGCUAAACAUAAAUUUUAGGUCGCCAGUUACCCACCAUAUGGCCCCGUGGGUGCGGAAAGUCUUUAUAGAUUUUUUACCCAAAAUAUUAUGUAUACAGAGGCCAGAAAAACCGCCCGAUGACGACGAUGAUAACGAUAAACCAAGCGAGAUACUCACGGAUGUCUUCGGCCCGGAUGACAUGGAUGGAAAGUUCAAGGAAUGGGGUUGUGAGGAAUAUGAACUGCCAGGAAUGCCUCCUUCCCCUCCGCCUCCACCAGGAGGUGACGACGAACUAUUCUCCCCGCCUCCUGGAUCCCCGUGCCGCUUAGACUUAGAUGAUGGUAGCCCAUCUCUAGAAAAACCGUACGUUAGAGAGAUGGAAAAGACAAUAGAAGGUUCUAGAUUUAUUGCACAGCAUGUCAAAAAUAAGGAUAAGUUUGAAAGUGUGGAGGAUGACUGGAAGUACGUAGCGAUGGUGUUGGAUAGAAUCUUCCUGUUCCUGUUCACGAUAGCCUGCGUACUGGGUACGGCGCUCAUUAUAUUCAGGGCGCCUACCUUCUACGACAACACGAAGCCGAUAGACAUUCUGUACUCAAAGAUCGCGAAGAAAAAGUUGGAGCUCCUGAAGAUGGGCUCUGAAGGUGACCCGGGUCUCUGAAAUUCGUCUUACGUCUUCGGCCACUCGCCGCCGAAGACGUUCUGGGAGUUGAUCGUCAUGUGGUGGCACGGAUGAUCUAUUUAAGACUCCCAGAUGGGAAUUACCAGGCGAGAACUAUGUGUUUCUGUGCUGUGUGUGGUGCCAAGCGCCCGGUGCGCCAAUGGACGUGUACACGCCGUAAGCGUAUCCUAAGCCGUCUUUUUAUAUAGAAUCAUUAACUCGAUGUCAAAACUGUCCGUCGAUGUUCGAUUGUCGCAGCGACCUCUAGUAACGGCCGUUUUGUGUUGACACCGGAUCUGCCGGAUCUGCCAUAACUAUUUUUAUAUUAGAAUCGCUGUAUUGAACGUUUAUACUUUAAGCGAAACGUUUUCUUUUAUAAUAAUCAACGGAACGAUUGUUUUUCGAGUAAUAAUUUGAUACGAGCGCACAAACAUUGUACAGUUUAUCUUUAGGUGGUGGAGUUAAUUUCUUGCGAUAGUCGGAUUCAUUUUCGAGAUGGAAACUGACAUGAUAAUGUAAUAGAUGACUAAAUGUAAGAUUUACUUCGAAUAAAUCGAGCUCAAAUUCGUAAUAUGUAAGUAUUGUAAAGUGGUAAUAUUCAAUGAAACGUCGAUUAGAAUCAAACAUUUAUAAUAAUAGUUACGUGCAAACGUCCUCGAUGAGAGCCGGACUAUGUAGUAUAUGUAUUAAAUUAUUAUGAAAUAAAUUUGAAUUAUACAUUAUAUAAUAUUUGAUAAACUGCGUACUCGCGUAAAAAUCUUAAGGACAAUAUCGAUACUGACGAAAUGUAAUAAUUUCCCUUUAGUAGUAUGUCAUAAGGGAUUGUAGAUACAGUUAGGUUAAAAGCCUCAAUCAUCAGUACUGUAAGACACUUAUCAUAAUGCCAGAUAGUUAGUCACAUCGCGAUCGUGAUAAUUCUAUGAUUAGAUGUAUUUGUGUAAAACAAUUGACUGCCAAUUGUAAAAAUUAAACAUUUUUAUAAAGAUCGGGUAUUCUUAGGUAGUUCGAUAACUUGUUUUAUUAGAUUUUUUAAACGGAGUGCCAAUCCCACCGACGUGACAGAUGUACAAGUUUGCAAUUCUACAAUGUUCUGUUUCCACGUGCGCUGACUUCACUGUCGUUAGAAGUAUCUUUUUGAUUCGCUUGAAGAUAUUCUGAUGUAUUUAUAAGUAAAACGAAUGCUUGCCGAAAAUGUAAUGACUGAUCAAUACACAUCUUAAAGCUUAAGUUUGGAAGCGCCCGCUUGUCCGCGAACUACCGCAGCGAGGCGUGAUGUCACACUUCUUCCGUAACCUUAAAUAUAAACAGUAUUUUCACUAUAAAACCUAGAGUACAGGGUAAAUUUAGUACACGAAUGUCUCCUGAUUUAUAUUUCUCACAAAUUUUCACUGAAUGUAAAGUCUUUACUCACUUAUCAGCACUUUACCACUAACACUAUUAGAUAUAAUAAAUCAUUGUUGAGGUUUGUGACUUUAGUACCUAAGUAAUUUAGGUAACAUUAUAUUAAUUUGUACCUAGAUUAGUCUCGUAUUAGAUGUUCCAUUUCGUUCUUGAAAUCAUGACUCACGAUUCAUUUGAUAGUCAUUUAUGAUUUGAGACGAACGCAUCAAGCGUUGUUACCUCACUUCAAUCCAUUCUGUAGGAUAUUUGUAGCAGUCUAACGUAAUAAAAAAAAAAUAUUUCGAGCCGCGUAUUUGAUAUGUCAAAGUAAAUCAUGAUAAUGUUUAUUAGGUAAUUACUUAGAUAAAAUUCAAAGUUAUUGAUAUUAAUGAUGAAUAAAAUCCACAGCGAGCAGUUAGGAAAACAGGGAUGGAUAAUGUAAAAUAAAUUAAAGAAAAUCAAAUUGUUUUGUGUGGUUCGUCUUCGUAAUUAUAAGUGUUAUUGAAUGUGUAUAGCUGUUCGUGUCGAGGGUAACGCAUAAAAAUGGCUAGUUUAGAAUUAGAUCAUACGUAAUAAAUUAAAGAAAACGGUCUAACGUAUUAGACGUCGUGGAAGCUCGCUAAAGGUUGAAACAUGUUAAAUAUUAGCAAGAUACGGCAAACUGCUCUCACACACGACCUGGCUCUAAAGGAAUUAUCGGAAGGAAUUGUAAGUUGUCCUCAACUAUGCUGUUAAUUUUUCUAAAUGAAUCACUCACGUGGAUUAAUAAAAAGUAGGAUCGUGCUAUUGCACCACCGAAAUACACCAAUUUAGUGUAAUAAUAACUAUUUAUCAAAUAAUGUUUAAUUAAGUCCACCGGCUUGGCACACUAUCCCGUAUAAAUCAUCCGAACUUUAAUUGUAGAUAUUUGCUAGAUAAAACGGUCUGUUGUUAUUUUUAUAUGAAUGCAAAAUGAUGAAUAGUUAGAUUUUCUAUAACACCAUAGGGUAAAGUGGUAGGUUGGAGUUUGACGUUCAGUUUGAGGUGUUAGGGGUUAAGUGAACAAUUGUAUAUAUUUGGAGCGUGAACUAUGGAGCUAAGUGUAGAUUGGAUCGGGUUCUAUUUGCAACGACACAGUAUAAACCGACUGUAAACCUUCUGUUGGUGUACUGCAACAUUUUCAAUGGUUUAAUGUUGAAUUUAAUGAGCUAUGUCGAUACAACGAUUUAUGGCCCAUCUUGUGGUGUUAUUUCAUUCAGUGUUCGUGGCGGACUCUGAUUUUUGUACUGGUUUAUACAUUUUGUAUUUAUGUAUUUAUUUACGCAUAUUUAUAUGAUACGAAGUUAGUUUGAGUACUAACUACCAGGUGGCAUGCAUAGCACAUUAAUUAACUGCACUGUUAACAUGCUUUGAGCAUUAUGCCAAUUAGACUACGAAAAUAAAUAUUCAAGAUAUAACUUUCGGGCUAUGAUCCGCCUGGAAAAGGCACCAUUUUAUACUGUUCCUCAAAAUACCUUAAAUCUACGUAUAUUGUAUAUUUCGAAUUGCAUUUAUUUAUUGGAAAAAAUAAUAUU